UUUUUUUUUUUGUUUACAUCCCUUAUUUUUUUUAUACAUAUACACAUAUCAUGGAUUCGAUUAACUUUCAAGAACCCACAUUAUAUUUUGCCCUUGCACAUAUUUUAUUUAAUCCCAUCUUUUGGAACACAGCCGCCAGAGCUGAAUAUAACAAGAAGUUAUUAACCAAAUUAGCUGGAGGUAAUGGUAGAUUCGGAUGUUAUGGUUUGGCUGUCACCAUUUUCACUUUGGGCAUCACGAGAGAUUUCUUGUAUCAUAAUGCAUUAGCUGCUCAACCUUCACACCCUUUCUUUGAUCAAGAUAUGGUCAAGAUCUCUGCCGUUCUUUUAUUUCUCACUGGUAAUGUUCUUGUAUUGACUUCAAUGUGGGCUCUUGGUGUUACUGGUACCUAUCUUGGUGAUUACUUUGGUAUCUUGAUGAAGGAGCGUGUUACUGGUUUCCCUUUCAAUGUUUGUGAUAACCCCAUGUAUGUUGGUUCUACAUGUACCUUUUUAGCCACUGCUUUAUGGUAUGGUAAGCCCGCUGGUGUUUUCUUGACUGCUAUUGUGUAUCUUGUUUACAAGGUUGCUUUGACUUUUGAAGAACCUUUUACCGCCAAGAUUUAUGCCAACAAGGAUAAGAAGAACUAAACAAAGUGAUUCUGUAGAUUUGUACUCCAAUAAAAAAUAAAAAUAAAAAGUUUCGUGUUUUAUGUAACAAAUAAAAAUGAUACCUAUCAGCGCUAUAAAAGCCCUGACUGCCGCCCCCUUAAAAAAUUGCGCCUCCGCUACACAAUGCAAUUUUUUCGGCUAUUUUUUUCCUUGGAGAAAACGAUAGAAUCAUCAAUUAUAGAGAAACCGAGGAUCACGGCAUGAAGAGCUAUUAAUACAUUCUCCCCUAGCACAUGUUUUUUUUAAAUUAGUGUUUUUUUUUGCAAGUCUAAUUUGAGGAAGAACAAAUUAUCCGAAUUCAUCAAC